GGGUUUUUGAGAGUGCGCAGGCGCGGGCGCUGUCUCCUUCACUUCGCCCUUAAAGCAGGAGAGAGCGAGGCCGAGCGGCGGCGGCAGCAGCGACAGAUACAAUGGCUGUACCUCCAUCGUAUGCAGAUCUGGGCAAGGCGGCCAGAGAUAUUUUCAACAAAGGCUACGGUUUCGGUUUGGUAAAGCUUGAAGUGAAAACCAAGUCACAGAGUGGAGUGGAAUUCACAACUUCGGGUUCAUCAAACACUGAAAGCGGUAAAGUAUCUGGAAGCUUGGAAACCAAGUACAAGUGGUCUGAAUAUGGCCUCACUUUCACAGAGAAGUGGAACACUGAUAACACUUUGGGAACAGAAAUUGCAAUUGAAGAUCAGCUUGCCAAAGGUCUGAAACUGACAUUUGACACCACUUUCUCACCUAACACUGGCAAGAAGAGUGGCAGAGUGAAGACAGCAUACAAGCGUGAAUAUGUUAACCUGGGCUGUGAUGUAGAUUUUGACUUUGCAGGCCCUGCGAUUCAUGCUUCAGCAGUUGCUGGUUACGAAGGAUGGCUUGCUGGUUACCAAAUGUCCUUCGAUACAGCCAAGUCAAAACUGACGCAGAACAACUUUGCAGUGGGCUACAAAACUGGGGACUUCCAGUUGCACACUAACGUGAAUGACGGCGCUGAAUUUGGAGGCUCUAUCUAUCAGAAAGUAAGCGAAAACCUGGAUACAGCUGUAAAUCUUGCCUGGACUGCAGGUAACAACAGUACCCGCUUUGGCAUUGCUGCUAAAUACCAACUUGACCCUACUGCUUCCAUUUCUGCAAGAGUCAAUAACUCCAGCCUAAUUGGAUUAGCUUACAGCCAAGUUCUUAGGCCAGGUAUAAAACUCACUCUGUGUUCCCUAAUUGAUGGAAAGAGCAUCAAUUCCGGUGGUCACAAGCUUGGUCUGGGCCUUGAAUUGGAAGCUUAAGAUGUGCACCUUUUAUCUUCGAUGACAAAGGGAUAUCGGAAGAAAGCAGCAUUUGGCCAUAACAUGUAAUUCCAACUUGACCAAUGGGCUUUUCUGGAAAGGAAGUUUCAAAUCAACCACGUACCUGUAUUUUUAGUACUUUAAAGCUGUAAUUGUUCUUUGAGUGAAAUUGGUUAUCUAGAAGGUGAUACAGAAGUCAUAUGUCACUCAUUUAUACAUAAUUUAAAAAUGUAUUUAACUGUUAAUAUAACAGUCCUAAUAAUGGAAUAGGCCUUUACAAAACUCAAGUCGUGACUGCAUGUUUCCUGGUUUAAUGUCUAUUUUGAGACGUUGUGCUGUGUCAGUUCACCUACAGUUGGAUAAAUUGAAGUUAUCCAAGUUGCAAUUAAAUUUUAUGGAAUCUGUGUAUAGCAAAAAAAAAUCCACAACUAUUUUCGGUAUCCCAAACCCACACAGUUGAUGCUGAAUAAAAAGAAUCAAAUACA